CCUCGCCGAGUCCGCUGGCGGCUGCUGACGGGCAAGCACCGGCCUGCUUCCUCGCCUUCCCUGGUUCAAAUACACGCGGUGUCCGCUGUUAUCGCGUUGUUGGAUGUGUCGUGGUAGUUUAUCAUUACUAUUUCUUUACGAGGUCAGAUGUAAGAAAGUCAAAGAGAAAAGAGAGAAGCAAGAUAAAGUGAUAUAAACAGUGAGAGAGAGAGAGAGACAACGUGUGGCGCUCCGAGAAAAAACUUUACUCGUUGGCUGACUAUGGAUGAACAGCUGAGAGUCGAUCAUAUUAAACUGUGCGGGCGAUGGUCAGGUAUGGUAGCGCUCUUCAGGACGGUGGUCGGGGUGAGCCUAGUAAGCGGCCUGCUGGUGAUGUUGCUAUGGUCGGAGCAGCAGGUGGGCGUCAAGACUCCCGCCCACAUACACUUCCACGCCCACGCCCGCGGUAUCCCCGAGGGCGGCCCCAACUCGCAAGAUGCUCAGGAUACCGCCCCGGACUCAAGCUUCCAAAGUUUAUCGGUGAAGUUCGGGGCGCCACGGACUGUUCUCUCCUCACAUAAUAUCACCUUUCUGGGGAAUAAGACAGUGGAGGCUGGUGUGACGACUUCUCCUGGGCACCACGAGGCCACCGGCCAGUCAAGCCACGUCCCCGCCCAGGCCAGCCACGCCCCCGACACCACUACCUCCAUCAACGGCAGCAAGUUAGUUUUCACCAUCGACCAGAGCGACCCCAGCCCCGCCACGCCCAAAAUCUACGUCAUCACGCCCACAUAUCGACGGCCUGAGCAGGUGGCGGAGCUGACGAGGUUGGCCCAGACUUUAAUGCUGGUACCUAACCUACACUGGCUGGUGGUGGAGGACGCUGUCGCCCCCACCAGGAGAGUGUUGUCCUUCCUCGACACCUGCAGCGUCCCCCACACCUACCUCCUCGGCAUGGCAUCAAGACGGUACAAGGGCGCCAACAAACCCCGUGGGGUCAGUAACCGCAACGCUGGCCUCAAGUGGCUCAAAGGACACGCCAAGGAAGGCAUCAUCUACUUCGCUGACGAUGACAAUACCUACGACUAUCGCAUCUUCCAGGAGAUCCGUGAGACGAAGCAGGUGUCCAUGUUCCCUGUGGGUCUGGUAACUCGACUCGGAGUGUCUUCCCCUAUUGUCUCCGGCGGGAAGAUCAUCGGGUUCUACGACGGUUGGAUCGCCGGCAGGAAGUUCCCCGUCGACAUGGCUGGCUUCGCUGUCAACGUUAAAUUUUAUCUUAAGAAAAAUGCUCCUCUGAUGCCGUACAAUGUUGGCUUCGAGGAGGACGGUUUUCUGAAGGCACUCAAGAUCAAGCCUGAGGAGAUCGAACCAUUGGCUGACAACUGUACCAAGAUUCUUGUCUGGCACACCCGGACAGUCAAAAGUCUACCAGCCCUGAAGAUGCCCGACUCAGACAAGGUCACUAAAACUAACCUCAACUAUCUCAAGUCACAGAUGGUCUUUCAGUUGCCUUAUGGACUCUCCUAGUUAAGGCAUCAAGAAGAGUCCCUCACCUCCACCUUCCUCCACCCCUCAGCGACCGUAACUGCAGCCUACACACACACACACACACAUAAUUAAGGGUCUUUGGUUUUGUCAUUUGUAUAAUACUGCACUACAUAAUGUAUUGAGGGAACAAGGGAAUAUUUUGUAGGAGGUAGUACAGUAUUUAGACAUCUUUAGUACUAACUGUAGUCAUCUUUAUCCUCAGUACUGUAGUUAAGCUUUUAUUUUUAUUAUUAUUUAGAUUGGGCUGUUUUUAUUCUGAUGGACUAAAUGUGUAUGUUUAUGUAUGGAUGUGUAUGGUGUAUAAUUACCCCAAUUGGAUGUGUAUGAGUUAUAAUUAUCUCAAUCGAUAAGAUAAAGACAAAUUUCAUGUUUGAGAAAAAAAUUUACCAAUGAAAAUCCUUUAGGCAGAACAAUAAUGAAUGAAGGGUUUAACGUAUAGGCAUUUAUUUCUCAUCGAUAAUUAAUUAGUUCAUUAAAACACUUAACUUCACAGCUUCAUUCAUUCACUCAUUCAUUCAUUAUCAUCAAGUUUGUAGAUCUGGCAACGAUGAGACUUGUUUUAUAUUUGUCUUGAAACACCAUCAUGAUUAUAGGUUGUCUCAAAAAAAUGUUAACAAACUUAUGUCAACAAUGCCUGGUAAGUAUGUAUACAUUUUUUUGUGAAACUCCCUUAAAACUCCUUUCCCCGCCAGUGUCCUGCUGCACAAAAUGGACCAGAAGUUGACGCUUUUAUUUUCUCUAACUUUCUCCACUUACUUGCCUUAAUGUAUUCACUCAAGGGUCUUAUAUAGAGUAGGCUUGUAGGAUACAGUAUCUCUCCAACUUCAUGUAAAAUUAUUAUAAAAAAAAAAACCC